GCAACAAUUUCUGUUUUCUGAUGGUUUGUUUAGUGGAGGCCUUCAAGACGACGAGAAUUCAUUACUUUUAACUGAAAAUCUGAAGAAAAAAAACCUUAAGGGAAAGAAAGGAGGCUGAAAGUUCCAAAACUUGAAAAAAAGAUAUAAAGAUGAGAGGCUCGUGGGUGUUAUUUGGAAUUCUCGGAAUAUUUACUGUUUGCUCCGGAUUUUCAUUGGAUCGAUCAGUUCCAGUUGGUUGGGAGCAGGCAGCGCCUUUUGGAAAAAAUUGGAAUGGAAAAACUGAAGUUACGGGGAUGGAAAAAAUUAUCCAAGCUUCAGUGCCUACAAAAUCACUCGAACCUGAAGGCGAAACGCCAGAGGAUCAGUUCCGUGAAAAAAGAUCCGAGCAGAUGACCUCUGAAAAUUCGACCAAUCAGAAGUCAAAAAAGCUUGAAGAGUUUAAGGAUGACAUACAUUUUCCAAUAGAAGAAAAUUCGUCCAUUUUUCCUAAAGAGAGUGAAAUUGAAAAGCCUCGUAAUGCAGUGUUGAUGUUUAUCGACGAGUCGGGCCAGGAUCAUCAGGAACUCUGGAAAGGUUUACAAACUUCGAACAACUUUCCAGUUCAUGGGUUUUUGCAAAGCUGUCGAAAUGAAGAGUUAGGAUUUCCUCUGGAUGAAUCUUUAAUUUUUGGAAAGAAAUAUCACUGCGAAUGUGAACAUUUUUUGCGAGCCAAUAUGGCUUCUUUACUCUCUUGGGCUCAACGUGCGAAAGAGAUGACGACUGGAGCAGUUUCGGCCACGAACUUUUCGAUUCCUUCAGCUCUUGGAUACGAAUCGUCAAUUUUCAGACAUAAUUAUGAAGAGUCCGAAGAAAACAAAAUGAAAAUGUUAAAACCUCAAGUUCAUGAUGAAUGGCAUCUGAUAGAUGUAGAUAAAGAAGGAAUUUGUACUGUUUCCCCUUCAGUUUUUUCCACUCCUAAGCAAGAGGGAGAACAAAUGUGGGACGUUUUUAACACUUUUUCGAAAAUCCGUGUUGCAUUUUUCCGAAAUUUGCUUGAAUCUUUCCACAAGAAUGCAAUAAACACGGAAGACAAAUUUUCUACAAAAAAAACAACUCUGGAAUCAAGUUUAGUCGAAUUGAUAAGAGACACUGUAGAGAAGUUGAAAUCGAUUUCGAAUGAUAAAGGAUUUAUUAUGGUUGCUGUUGCUCCUGGAAACAAGAUUUCCCCUGCCAUCGAAAUUUUGCAAACAGAGAUUUCCCCAAAAGAUACUUUGUUAGUCGUGUCAGGAAUGUGUUCCCAGGAUAGAAAACUUGUUCCAUUUUUCGCUAAUGGACCUGGAUCAAAAUAUAUGUACGAAGCAAAAACAGUUUGGGAUUUAGUAUCUGCUGUUAGAAGAGUUGUAUCUGGUUGCCAAGGACUCUGGUGUAAAGUCGAAACUUUGGAUCCAAUUUGGGCCCCUGAUCACGAAUUUCACAGAAGAUUUGCACGGGAAAAAUUAAGCGAAAAAGUGGACCCAAGUUUAACUACUGUGAUACAAAAAAUUACAGAAACAGCUAAGGUUUCUGGUUCAUCAAUAGUGAAUACAAAAAAUUCGACUGUUAAUCAUAGUCAACAUAAUAUAAACGAAACCUCCCCUGAAAGUUUGGCUGAAAAAUUGACCGAAGAAUCGGACGAAAAAUCAACCGAAGAAUCGGUCGAAAACUCAACCGAAAAAUCGACUGAAAAAUCAAUCGGAAAACCGACUGAAAAAUCAACCGAAAACUUGAAUGAUGAAUUAAUGAAAAAAUCUGCUGAAAUAUUAACCGAAAAAUUGACUGAAGAAUCGCCCGAAAAAUCGACUGAAAAGUCGCCAGAAGAAUCGACUGAAAAAUCAACCGAAAAAUUGAAUGAAAAAUCAAUCGAAAAAUCGGCUGAAAAAUUAACCGAAAAAUUGACUCAAAAACCAACCGAAAAAUCGACUGAAAAGUCAACAGAAGAAUCGAUUGAAAAAUCGAAGGAAGCAACGACGCGAAAAUCGUCAAUAAAACCCGGAGAAAAAUUAAAAGAAAAUCCUAAGGAAAAUACGACCGGAAGUUCCAGUGAAAAUCCACAUAUUGAGAUUCAUAAUUUUGACAAAAAUCCCAAAUCUGAAAAUACGUCGAAUGUGGAGGUGGAACAAAUAAUAUUAUCCCAUUCAAGAGCUUCCGGAUUUUCGAUGGAAACUACCGCAAUUAUAGGUGCCGUAACAUCCUGGGCUGCUACGAUUUUUCUUGAUUUUUAUCCACCAGUUUUGCAGUUUUACUCGUGCGAUCUUUCCGCCCGCUUAUUUGAAGGAAUUGCGUGCCAGAUCCUCGGAAUCGCCUCGGUUGUUAUUUAUUCGAAACCACACACAAUCAAGAUGUUGCUAAUUCAUCCAACGGAAGAAAUGUCGAAGCAGAUUCGGGUGGAGCUGAACGAAAAUGUUGAAACUCGGGAUAAGGACGUGGAAACCAUCAAAGAGUGGCUGAAAAAACAACCGCAUCUACCGGAAUUCGAUGAUGACUAUAGGAUAAUGACGUUUCUCCGUGGCUGCAAAUUUUCUUUGGAAAAAUGUAAAAGGAAGCUAGAUAUGUAUUUUACAAUGCGAGCACUGGUUCCCGAAUUUUUUGCAAAUAGGGACAUUACCAGAUCGGAAAUGAAAGAAAUUUGCAGUAUUGUACAAGUACCCCCACUUCCAGGUCUCACCAAAAAUGGUCGCCGAGUGGUUCUGAUGCGGGGGAUCGACAAAAAUCUCCCAUCACCAAACGUGGCUGAGGCAAUGAAAUUAGUCUUAAUGAUUGGAGAUGUACGACUUAAGGAUGAAAUUGUUGGUGUAGCGGGUGAUGUUUACAUUUUGGACGCCAGCGUCGCGACACCAACACAUUAUGCUAAAUUCACUCCAGCGCUGGUGAAAAAAUUCCUAGUUUGUGUCCAGGAAGCGUAUCCUGUAAAAUUGAAGGAAGUUCAUGUCAUUAAUGUCAGCCCAUUGGUGGACACGAUAAUUAAUUUUGUGAAGCCUUUUCUCAAGGAAAAAAUUCGAAACAGAAUAUUUGUUCAUAGCACUAUGGAGACUCUUUAUGAGCAUAUUCAUCAGGAUAUGCUACCUUCGGAGUAUGGGGGCAAAGCUGGCCCUAUCCAAGCCAUUCAUGAUUCUUGGAUUAACAAGCUGGAGGAAUAUGGUCCAUGGUUUAAAGAACAAGAAUCAGUAAAAGCGAACGAAGCUCUGCGACCAGGAAAACCAAAAACUCACGACUCGUUUUUCGGACUUGAUGGAUCUUUUAGACAACUUUCAAUUGAUUAAAAAAUUAUAUAUAAUGAACAUGACAUUUUAAUUUCAUUGAAUGUGAAUCUCUGUGAGGUAGGAUUUGCAAAAAUUAGCUCAAUUUUGAUAUUACUUCUACGAGAAACUUUUUUUUAGAUAAAAUAAAAUUUUGAUAGUUGAUGUAGGGAUAUGUAAAAAACUAGUGCAAUAUUUGUAAGAAGGAAAUCAUUGAGAGAAAUUGAGUUUGUAAAUAAGGUUUUUGAGAGAAAAUGGGACGAGAAAUGUUGUACAACUGAAAAAUACAACAAGAAUUUCUUGAAGUGAAAAUAUGGAAAGUUUUGAAAUAAAUAAACAUAUGAUUUAAA